AUGAAGAACGUCGAGCUCGCAGCGCAGGUGCGAUCGUUUGUAAAGCUCGCAAACCUCACUCAGACAUCUCAGCUGCACGCAUGGAACCUCAAGUCGCUGCAACGAGCUUUGCAAUGGGCACACGCAGCCGAAGAUGCAGUAAGCGACGGCGAGUUCCUGCAGAGUGGCAUUGAUAUGCAGAUCCGGGACUGGUUCCCAGUGGCCACGCUGCCUACGUUGCCACUAGACGUCACGUUGACAGCAGACGCCCUUCGUCACGCACGCGUGCAUUUGUUGCAAUCGAUUCUUCACAGUCCAUUCUUAGCGUCUCAUCCAGCACGAUCUGAAGUGCUAUGCGCUGUGCUAAACGAGUUGCAAACGAGUCGCGAGGAUGCUGCUACCACGUUGUCCAUGGAAGAGCUAGAGAAGCAUGCGCCCCACAGUGCAUUGCUGACCGAGAAGGUGGUCGGAGCUUCUCGCAUGAAGGUUUUGUUGGCGAUAGCUCGUCGAAUGAGCGAAAGUUGCAAGUGCGUUAGGGUACAAGUGCUUACAGGGUGGAUCGAAGUGCUACCGCUGAAGAGCUACGCUUUCUCGCCCCGCACACUUCAAUUGAAGUCCAUGGCGACAACGUUGCAGCGAAAUGUAGGAGAUGCCCGUGCCGCAAACAAGCCAGGGACGUACCAGACCUUUUUGAAGGACCUGCGCGAAUGUUUCGAGGCACCUGAGAGUCAAGAGGUUCGGGAAGUGGUGUUGUUGAUGCUAGUCAUGUGUGAAUGGCCUCGAGAAGAGCCGUCGCAGCUUCGAGGAAUGAAGGAAGAUCUUGUGACGAUCGUGCGUGGGUGGAUAGCGUGUAAGCCCAUUCGAUUCUGGACUUUUCGGCCCUGGUUGGCGGCAAUGGUAGCCAGUCAGUCGGAAGACCUGGCACGCGCGUACGUAUGCAAACUAUUCGAGGCAGGACUUUUGCCACCAUGGGAGGGUGAGUUCGCCGAGCGUGUCGCGACGUUGGUCUUACAGCCCAAGAACGUCGAGCAUGUACUUGAGCCAUUCCUCAUCAACUUGGACCUGCGCUUGCAACAUACUUACUUCAACGUGAAACUCGAUCCGUGA